AAAAUAAAAAAAACAGCAUGUGAUAAGUGGGUGCAUCCCAAAGGGUGUUCCUCGCGACAAUUGAGUGAGAAGAAAAUAUCAAAAUUGUUUCAGUGGUUUCGGUAGUUGACCGGGAGAGAUCAAAAUCCUCCGUCCGACCCGAUCGCGACAUUUUCUCCAGCUUGAACCCCCAAAAGUGAUAAACAUUCGGGAUAUCACAUGGGACGAGAUUGAUUUUUAUUAUUUAAAAAAAAUAAACCUCGUCCUCUUAGUGAUUUUAGAUAGUUGGCCAAAUAUACCAGGGAAAGGAAGAAUAAUACCGUAAAGAAUCGGGCGCCGGCGUUUUUUCUAAACCCUUUCGGAAAAACGUUUGAUAAAUUCUAGUUUUCACUUCGAAAUCUUUCGACUCGACACGAAAUGGCUUUCGAAAAGGCUCCCGAAGGCUCCGGAAUCGAGACGAUUCUGUAAUUGGAGUAUCGAUACCGUUUUCAACCCGCAUCAAAUCGAACAACUGCGAAUUCCCAUAUUCCAGGGUCGGAUUACGUUUUUGUGUACUAAAACGAGAGAGGAUGGCAGAUAAAGACAUUGAAACUUACGAUACUUGGGAAGAAUUGGAAGAUUCCGGGCAAUUGGAUAAGCAGAUAGAAAAAAUUAGGAUAACGUCGGUGCAAAAUGGCAUAUCAAGUAACAAUUCAUCCCCGUCUGUCAUAAUCCUCUCAGAUGAUCUCCGAGCCAAACUUUUGCCCCCGGAGCCGGCGGUUAAAAUCCUGCAGAGGCCUAAUGUCAAUGGCUGCAAAUACGUUAAUGGAGACACUAAACCUAAACAACCCCUCAAAACUUUACAGCAGAGGGAAAUGGAAUAUGCAGAAGCAAGGUUGAGGAUUUUAGGCGAGGCCAGGAGUCCAGAAGAAGAUCAAACGCCUUCACCACCACCGUUAGAUGACAGGAUAUCGAGAAUUCAAGGGAAGACGGAAAUCAUGCGACCUCAGGAGAACUGUGCAGGGAUCAUUCGCCUGCCCCGAGGACCAGACGGAACAAUUGGUUUUAAUUCACGUAGAUAGUAGUCGUAAAUCAAAUUGGCAGCAAUUUCCAUUUCAAAAAAAUAAUAAACAAAAAAUAAAUAUAUAAAAAUUCCCCUCUCGUCCAAGCAGUGUAAACUAAAGAGUUUCUUGUAAAUAAUUUUUGUAGGGUAAUGUAUAGAAUUGGAAGAAUGAAAGAAUAAAAAAAUAAUAA